UCCUUCAUUUUCAUAAUUUCGAUUCAUUCAAAUUUUGUUACUAAUUGCCGGUGCUCCUCGUGCAAUAAGUUUCCAGAAAGUCUUAUUAUUAUUUAUUGCAUAUUACUGGCGUGCUACUAAUAAACGUUAUUUUACUAAAACUAUAACUAUAUUAAUAAGAAUUUCAAAAAUACAAUAAUGACAGUGGAUGAAGGAAUUGAUAUAACCAAGGAUGGCGAUCGUGGAGUUCUUAAGCGAAUUAUCACCGAGGGCGAAGGAUCAGACACUCCUAGCGCCGGCUGCCAGGUCACUGUACACUACACUGGAACGCUGUUAGAUGGCACAAAAUUCGAUUCAAGCAAAGAUAGAAAUGAGCCGUUCGAUUUUUUUCUGGGGAAAGAUUCCGUGAUAAAGGCAUGGGAAAUUGGCGUGGCGACGAUGAAGAAGGGGGAGGUUUGUGUAUUGACCUGCGCCCCGGAGUAUGCAUAUGGCGCGACUGGCAGUUCUCCUAAAAUACCACCAAAUGCAACGUUGCAAUUUGAGAUCGAAAUGAUCGAUUGGAAGGCGGAAGAUUUAAGUCCAAAUAAGAACAAAGGUAUCCUUCGGCACAUCAUCGAACAGGGUUCCGGUUUCGACAACCCCAAUGACGGAGCUCAAGUCACAGUGGAACUCGAAGGCAAGCUUCAAGACGGCAAAGUAUUUGACACGCGCACCGUAUCGUUCGGCCUCGGCGAAGGCAGCGAAAGCAACAUUUGUGAAGGCAUCGAGAGAGCGUUAGAAAAGUUCACACUCGGUGAAAAAUCCCGACUAACCUUGCAACCUAAAUAUGCGUUUAAAACGGAGGGGAAUACUGAAAUGGGCGUGCCUCCCAACUCGGUGGUAGAUUACACCGUGAAGCUUGUGAGCUUCGAGAAGGCCAAGGAGCCGUGGUCGAUGGAUGCCGAAGAGAAGUUGCAGCAGUCUAACAUAUGGAAAGAGAAAGGGACGGACUAUUUCAAAGCUAGCAAGUUCCAGCUCGCUAUUAAGAAGUAUAAAAAAGUUGUGACAAUGCUGGGAGACCUGCCUGAAGAUGCAAACGAAGCAGAAGAGCACAAAGAGCAAGCUAAACAGUUGCUGCUAUCUACUCACUUGAACCUAGCUCUGGUGUACCUCAAGGUGACUCCGGCCCACCACUACAAAGCUCGUGAACACGCAGCCAAGGCCCUCAAACUCGAACCGCAAAACGUGAAGGGCCUGUUCCGGCUCGGACAAGCGCUCCUGGGUCUGGGAGAAGUAGACCAGGCCCUGCAGAACUUCCAGAACGUUAUCGAACUUGAGCCGCAGAACAAGGCGGCGGCGAACCAGGUGAUCGUGUGCCGAAACGCGAUCGCGCUGCAGAAGAAGCGCGAGAUGCAGCUGUACGCCAACAUGUUCGAUAAGUUCGCCAUCAGAGACGCGCAGGCGGAGAAACAAAGAGCUAAGGCGGAGAUCGAUGUCAUCGGCGAGAAAGUAGGCGAGUGGGGAAAGGGGGAAGGCGAGUGGACCGACGAGCAGAGAGACAGGAAACCUACGGAGUUUGAAAAGGAGAAUCCUAACAUUCUCUUGUUGGAUAAGGAUGGACAGUUUGAGAACAUGUGAUCUUCUGUAUCGUAAAUGUACCAAUCAAACAGAUUUGCUUAAGUGUGUUUAGUGGAAAUCAUUCAAAUGUGAAAACUGCAUUAAUUUACUGCUAUUUCGACUUUGUGCUUAAUUAUUUAGUAAAACUUAUAAUGUACAUUAGCCUGUUUGUAACGAUUUGCAUUUUAAAACACAAUAUGAUUCAUGAAUUUGUCUUAAAUUUAAUAGAGCACAUAAUAAAAUAUAAAUGUUGCCACCUCACACUGAAUUCCAAUUAACGAAUGCAGUUUUCACAAUGUUUAAAGCAUAAUCUUAUUAAUAUAUGUAUGUAUGUACGUAUAUGAAAUGUAUGUGUUUAUUUAAAUGUAACCAGAGUUCACGAUAAACAAUACAUUUACAUAUUCAAAAUGCAAAUCUCGUUUGGUCAAGUACCUCACGCAGUUGAAGUCUAGAUCUCCGCACCAAAAUGUAAUUUACGAUGUAAGUUAAUUUGUUUCUACAAUAUUUGUAGGUGUGUAAUAUUAUAGCGUGACUGGAUCUACUGUGGAAUAUUGAAUUAAUUUCAAGGUAUUUCCCAGUCAUUUCGUUUUAAUUGGGGAUUAAGGGACCCUUAGUUACUGUAUUUAAGAAACGAUUCGUUUUGCUUACGAGGCGAAAUUCAGAAGCAGCAAUUGGUAUGUUUCUUAAAGAUCAAAAGCCCUUAAGUAAUAGAUAGCAGGGCGAAUUUAUGAAGACGGAUACUAGUGUUUAAAUAAAAUAAAGUCAAUUAGACUGUUCUACUAUCAGUAACGAAAACGAAUCGUUUUUUAAAUACGGAUCUGUAAUGAAAUUGAUAGAUACAUGUGUGUAGAUUCCAUUAAUGUAUUUUAAUAUACCGGUUCCUGGUUUUAAAUCUUACCUGAUUAGUUUAUAUCAAACGCUAAAAUAGUUUAUAGAUCUUUAUGUAAAUUCUGUUAUUGAUUAUGAAGCUUCUGUUGUCUUUUUAGCAAAGUUUGAAUAAAUUUCAAUACUUAAUUCUUCUCUUAUAACUAUAAACUUUUUGUCAGGUACUUCGAGGUGUAGUAAUUUGUAUAUAACUCUGUACAACAUAGUUUUGCUCUUCUGUAUGUGGAACAAUGAAUUUACAAAUAAACUGUUAUGAGGA